AUGGCAACGGCACACACUAUCCAAAUCACACCCGACAAUACUGGGCUAUGGAAGAUUCAACAGAAUGAAGCCUCGGCAAAGAAGGCUACUGAACUGUUGCAGGAGGACCUCGAGAAACAUUAUGUGUUCUUCAAUGAUGAGGGAUACCAUAAUCAUAUAAGUCAUCAUAUCCUAGCCUUAUACGGCACAGGGGCCUCUCCCGAGCUUCUGAAGAAAGGCUUCGAUGUGAAUAAGACGUACCAAAGGCCAGCUCACAAGAUCCGUGAGAAUGUUGUCGAAGAGCUCGGAGACUGGGAGAAAGCUAAGAAGUAUCUUGGUAAUCGCAGAUAUUAUAACGAGUUCCUGGCCUUUUAUCAAAGUGAGAUCGACAAGCUAGGCUGGGAGAAGGCACUUAGUGAACACAUGUUCAAGGGCGACGAGAGAAGUGAAGACAUGCUGCUUCGGAUGGUUGCUGGGUUCCUUCACCCCAUAAUCCAGCUAAUGUACGGCAUCGAGUGGAAACAGCCUGCCAUAGUCGCCAUGGGUCUGGCCCAAGCAGCUGUCCAUGAAGAUGACCUAAAGGAGUUCCUAUAUACGACCGAAGAGACUGCCAAAUCAAAUACGGAACCCAUGCCAAGCAUCGAGAGCCUAUUAAAGGAAGUCAAGACGAACGAAAAGCUCACCAAAUCCAUCCAUGGCACAGAUGAGCCAACCAAAAUUAGUAAGGGCGUCUUUGGUAAAGCAUGGGACGAGAUUGUCGAGAUAGCGAGCAAGGUGAAGGUCAAGCCGGAAGAGCUAGACGAGAGAAAUGCAGAGAUGUAUCACACGGCCCUAUACGAAGGUGCCUCCGCAGCUUUCCAUCCUGGCAAGGAGCCCAAGUUCGACUUCUUCAUCAUGCACCAUAUUAAUAUUAACCCCAUAUACAUCAUCUUGAAUGGCCUGGACUGGGUCUCGAUUGAAACCAAAGUGAGGCUCCUCGAGUGGAAGAUACGACUCGACCUCGUCCAGUACGCAGCCAGAGGCUCUCCGCCCCUUGAGCUCGACAAUAUCGCCACAUACGUCCCGCGGGCUGGAAAACUGGCUCCAGUAGAUGAACAACUCCCUCUAAUGUACGCCCUAGAAGAAGAAGGUCACGGCAUCAAGCUCUUCCGCGCCGUCAGCAUCGCCCAAAAUCUAUGCGAGAAGUACGAGGACAAGCCUUGGGCUAGGAUCAAGGGGGACAUGUGGGCGAGGAUUAGUCACCUCGUCGUCGACUCGUUCCAGACGGAACCGCGGUGGGUGCGCGGUGCGGGCGAGGAUGAGUCGUGGGAUGUUAUUCCGGAUCGGGUGGAUGGUGCCAAUGGUUCUAACGGUGUCAAUGGCGUUUCGGAGAAGCUGGAUCAGGUCCAUCUUUAG